AGGAUUCCAGAGGACCUGACUCUCGAUGCCUUCUUGGAAAUGAACGACUCCAAAGUCAAAGACACGAUGAAGAGAUACGGGGCCAGCAUGGAGGAAUGUUCACGGCUGAACGGAGCCCUCACCUGCUUGAGGAAAGCAACACGGAUGGGUGGAGAGCACAAAGACCAUCUGGUGUGGAAUCCACCUGACGUUUGCCGGGAAACCAGUUUGAUGCCCCCUUCUGAACUUUCUCCCUGCCCUCCAGGGCUCACGUGGAUACAAGGCAACCUUUCCCAUUUGAAAGGCAACGGCCCACAGUCCCGUUCUGUCUCCGUCUCCAACAUCCCCUCUUCAGACAACUUACCUACGAGUCAAGGUGCCCCUACCUUUGCCGAUAACCUGUUGGAAUCCUUUGCUUUCCCCACUCACUGUGGGCGGCGGAACCUCAGAACUCCUCACAGUACUGCCAUUACCCCACCGACCACGCCCCAGCUCAAGAGAGGGAAGCCACCACGGACUCCACCUCCACCCAGCCGAAAGGUUUUCCAGCUGCUGCCCAACUUCCCAACCCUCACCAGGAGCAAAUCUCAUGAGUCCCAGCUCGGCAAUCGGAUAGAUGAAGUUCCUCCUAUGAAUUUUGAUUUCCCCCAGGGAUCGCCACAAACGGUACGAAGAGAUAUCGGCCUGUCUGUAACACACAGGUAAUCCACGAGUCAUAAAAGAGCCAAGGUUGCCUACCCCUGCACUAAACGAAUGGUUUGUGUACCUAAUAUGUCUUUUCCCUUUUGCAGAUUAAAAUGUCAUAACAAAUGCACCAAAGAAGCCCCACCUUGUAGAAUAUCUUUCUUACCCAUACCACGGUUAAGGAGAACAGAGAGUGUCCCUUCCGAUAUCAAUAAUCCGGUGGACCGGCCUUCAGAACCACAGUUUGGGACCCUCCCCAAAGCCCAAGCUAAAAAGGAUCAUCCGACAGCAAUCAAUCACCUCGACUCCAGUAGCAACCCGUCUUCUACCACCUCUUCCACACCAUCCUCCCCAGCCCCCUUCCCGUCUUCCAACCCCCCCAGCGCAACCCCUCCCCCAAACCCAUCUCCCAUGGGCCAGCGGGACAGCCGGUUCAACUUCCCAGCCGCUCACUACAUUCAGCAUAGACAGCAGUUUAUCUUUCCAGAAAUUCCUGGUACUCCACAAAUAACGCAGCCUCCUGAAACUACGGAAAGUACGAACAAUGCUGAGGUGCCCUUAGAGACGGAUGGAGUUGAAGAACGGGACACAGAGCAUGUGGAUGACCAAGAACAAAACAAGUUGGAAGCUGAGGACGAUGAAGACGAGAUUGACGACCUGCCAACCCGGCGAUCACGAUGGCGGGGGAUGAUCUCACGCAAGGCUAGCCAAACCAGCGUCUACUUGCAGGAAUGGGACAUUCCCUUUGAGCAGAUUGAACUGGGUGACCCUAUUGGCCAAGGACGGUGGGGCAAGGUGUACCGGGGGAGAUGGCAUGGCGAGGUAGCCAUCCGUUUGCUGGAGAUAGACGGGAACAACCAGGAUCACCUGAAGCUCUUCAAGAAAGAAGUGAUGAACUACCGGCAAACCAGGCAUGAGAACGUGGUGCUUUUUAUGGGGGCUUGCAUGAACCCCCCUCAUCUAGCAAUCAUUACCAGUUUCUGCAAAGGAAGGACGCUCCACUCGGUAGUCAGGGAUCCCAAAACACCUCUGGACAUCAACAAGACCAGGCAAAUAGCUCAGGAGAUUAUUAAGGGCAUGGGGUACCUUCAUGCAAAAGGGAUCGUGCACAAAGAUCUCAAAUCCAAGAACAUUUUCUAUGAAAAUGGAAAGGUGGUGAUCACUGACUUUGGCCUGUUUGGAAUUUCUGGCGUGGUUCAAGAAGGAAGGCGUGAAAAUGAACUGAAGCUGCCCCAUGAUUGGCUGUGCUACCUGGCUCCAGAGAUUGUGCGCGAGAUGGCUCCCGGGAAAGAUGAAGAUAAGCUGCCCUUCUCCAAAGCUGCUGAUGUCUAUGCUUUUGGGACUGUGUGGUACGAGCUCCAGGCCAGGGAAUGGCCCUUUCAGAGCCAGCCAGCGGAGGCCUUGAUUUGGCAGAUCGGAAGCGGUGAAGGAAUGAAGCAAGUCCUGCAAGCCAGUAGCCUGGGGAAAGAAGUCGGGGAAAUCCUCUCGGCAUGUUGGGCUUUUGAUGUAGCUGAGCGGCCCAAAUUCACCCUCUUGAUGGAAAUGCUUGAAAAAUUGCCAAAGCUUAACCGGAGGCUUUCUCAUCCAGGGCACUUCUGGAAAUCAGCUGACCUUAACAGUAGCAAAAUGGUUAUCCGUUUUGAACGAUUUGCCCUGGGAGAUCUGGAAUCCAGUAAUCAAAAGAUAUAGCUUGCUGUGUUUUAAUGGCCCUUGGCUCCUGUUUUUUCUCUCUCUGUGCCAUUCACACGCCUGGGAAAAACCUGUCUGCAAUCUUAAAACGGAAAAUCCCAAAAAUUACGGAAGGAGAAGAUGGCGAGACCACCCGCCUCCCCCACACCGCCCUGGCAAUAUGGAUGUUCGAUGUGUUUGCUUAAGUCAGAGGCUUCCUUUUUCUGAAAUGUUUACAUUUGGAUGACUUUUUUUCUGUGUGGAUUAACGGUUAAUAAUAAACGUGAUAAAAAGAUGUCUUUUUUCAAAAAAAAAACAAAAAACACCAAGCAUUUUCACUAUCACUUUUCUUAUUUCAAAUUAUUCGGGCACUAUUUAAACUGUGUGAUUACAGAUCUGGGUUUUGUUGGUAAA